GAAUCAACGAACACACCAAAUGGAAACCGAAACGGCGGUACAUGGCGCUUUGUUUUGAUCCGGUGUUUAGCGGUUUACAACGUUUACGAUGCUCCGUGAGCUUCAGUCUCAGCUCUGUCGUCGCUCUCGCAAGCUAGUUAAUGUGCCUAACUGCCUUCGAAAUGCCGUCUCUUCGUCGAAAGCAGCUGUCGCCGGUGGGAAACUGGACAACGGCGCCGCACGUUUCAAUCCGAUCGGGAUUCAAAUGCUUUCCGGCGAUUUGCACCGACAGGUUUUCGGAGAUGCUGUCGUGGAAGUGGAUCCCCAAGCCGUGGAACGCGGCGUGAAGCACCUGAAAGCGCAGCAACUUUGGGGCCACGAGACGACCGCGCUACCCGACGUGAGCUUCGCACUACCCGAGCUUCUCGGCUCCGACCUUGAAGAGCAUUUCACGAACCUCGGACAUCGCUACGCGCGGCCUUACAGACAAGCCGCCGAAAGCUUGAGCGCGGUCAAGUUGCCGCCUCUUCCGCGGGAGUGGAACUGGGCCCCUGGUUGGACCAAGUACGGGAACGACGGAAGGACGGAGAGGGUCGACUGUCCCGACGACGAAGCGCUCGUGUUCGACGUCGAGGUCUGCGUUAAGGAAGGACACUUCCCGACUCUGGCGACCGCGGCUUCGAAGGACAGCUGGUACUCGUGGUGCAGCGCCCAGCUGACCAAAGAACAGUUCAAGUGGAAGGAAAGGGUGAACAUCGGGGACCUGAUUCCCCUGGAGGCGCGGACUGGACCAGAGUCGGUGCCGAGGGUGGUCGUUGGACACAACGUUGGCUUCGACAGGUCCUUCCUGCGGGAGCAAUACUUCAUUCAGGGCAGCCAGCUUCGCUUCCUGGACACGCUGUCGUUGCACGUGUGCGUUUCCGGCCUCACGGGUCUUCAGCGGGCUCUGUCCAUGGCUAACAAGUCUGAGAAGGCAGCCAAGGGCCCUCCUCCAGAGAUGUGGCAGGAUCUCAGUUCUCUCAACAACCUCGGGGACGUCUACGCUCUGUACUCCGGGGGCAAGGUGCUCAAGAAAGAAGCGAGAGACACCUUCUUGAACGGAAGCCUUGGCGACAUAGCCGCCGACUUUCAAGGACUGAUGACAUACUGUGCCAACGACGUCCUUGCCACGCACGAGGUCUUAAGCAAGCUUCUUCCACUCUACUUUGAACGGUUUCCACACCCGAUUUCAUUUGCCGGCAUGUUGGAGAUGUCCACGGCUUACCUUCCUGUGAACCAGAACUGGGAACGCUACUUGAGCGAUGCGGAAGCCGUGUAUCAGGACGUUCAGCAAGAGUUGAAGCAGACGUUGGCUGGCAUUGCCAACUCGGCCUGCCGGUUGUUGCACGGCAACGCUUACAAGAGAGACCCAUGGCUCUGGGACCUCGACUGGUCUGUGCAGAACAUGAGGUGUAAGAAGUCUGCAGCCAACAAGUGUGCAGUCAAGGGGCAUACUGUCGUCGAGACGCAAACUGAUAAAGGAGACCUCGAACGAGGGCUUGAAGAAGAGGUCAAAGACAUUCUCAAGACAUCUGAGGCCUUGUACAAGACACAGCCAUUUCUUUCUGGGUACCCAGCGUGGUACAGAGAUUUCUGUGUUAAGCCACCGGAUGACGAAGAUUCAGAUUGGGAACCGGGUCCAAGCGUUAUUAGUACGCAAAUGCGUUCAGUUCCAAAACUGCUUCGCCUGAAGUGGGAUGGGUAUCCACUUCAUUUUGACAUGAAGCAGGGCUGGGGAUACCUGGUUCCCCGAGAGCAAAAAGAUGGAACUGUUGUUGUACCUUCUCUCGCUGAAGACUCCGAGGCCAAGGGUGAUGAAAAACCAAAGUUUCCCCUUCCUGAAUUCUUGAAAGCAUGUGGCUAUGAGGAUGUUAAGGAUGACCUGGGGCCUAAAGACACAGGCUUGCAAUGGCAACAGCUGGGCAACAUUCCAGAAGAGGGCGAAGCAAAAUUGUGGCGGAAGGUUUUGGGGAAUCGCACCCGUCCUCCGCAAGUCAAGGAAAACUUGGAUAUGGAUGUCGACAUUGAUGGCUGCUAUUUCUUCAGGCUUCCACACAAGGAUGGCCCUCACAAGCGUGUAGGCAAUCCACUUGCCAAAGACUUCUUGACAAAAGUGACGGAUGGCAUUCUUCAGGCAGGUGACAACCCGCAAGCAAAUCGUGUACUUUUGCUAAGCAAGAUAAUUUCCUACUGGAAGAAUGCUCGAGACCGUAUUGCAUCUCAGAUGGUCGUCUGGUUCACCAAGAGUGACCUUCCAGAAAUAAUUCAUGACCGGGACAGCUCCGACUACGGCGUGAUCUUACCUAGACUUAUCCCCGCCGGAACUGUAACCCGGAGAGCAGUUGAACCAACGUGGUUGACAGCCAGCAAUGCCUACAAAGACCGAGUGGGCAGCGAACUCAAGUCCAUGGUUCAAGCUCCCAAAGGCUACCACAUUGUCGGGGCGGAUGUGGAUUCUCAGGAACUCUGGAUAGCAUCUAUUCUGGCCGACGCCCACUUUGCAGAAAUGCAUGGCUGCACUGCUAUUGGCUGGAUGACACUCCAGGGAAACAAAGCAGUGGGUACGGAUAUGCACAGUCGCACUGCCACGUCUGUCGGCAUCAGCAGGGACCAGGCCAAGGUCAUCAACUAUGCCAGGAUCUACGGCGCGGGGCAACCGUUUGCUCAGCGACUCCUGAUGCAGUUCAACCACAGACUCGAUGCCCAGGAGGCCUCCACGAAGGCAAAGAAGAUGUAUGCUCAGACCAAGGGAGUCAGGGUGGCUGUACCCGAAGUGGUUGAGGGCCAACAGGUUUUUGUCCGUGGCAAGCGCAAGGUCUGGGAGGGCGGGAGUGAGUCUCACAUGUUCAACAAGUUGGAGGCCAUCGCCGAUUCUGAGGAGCCCAGGACACCAGUUCUGGGCUGCCGCAUCAGCCGCGCUCUGGAACCGGCCGCUGUCGACACAAACUUUUUCAACAGCCGCAUUAACUGGGUCGUGCAGAGCUCGGCGGUAGACUACCUUCACCUCAUGCUGAUCACCAUGCGCUGGCUUAUGGAUGACUAUGCAAUUCAAGGCCGCUUUGCGGUUAGCAUCCACGACGAGGUCCGAUUUUUGGUCGCUUCUGAAGACCGUUACAGGGCAGCCCUCGCUUUGCAGGUGACGAACCUGCUAACUCGUGCCUUCUUUGCUUGGAAGCUCGGCAUGAGGGACUUACCGCAGAGUGUGGCGUUCUUCAGCAGUGUGGAGGUGGACACCGUCUUGAGAAAAGAAGUGGACAUGGAUUGUGUGACACCUUCCAAUCCACACGGACUCAAGAAAGGGUAUGGAAUUCCGGCAGGGGAGGCUUUGGACAUAUAUGCUGUCUUGGAGAAGACGGAAGGGGGCCGACUAGGCCCACCAGAAAAGGCAUCCUGAGUACUGUCCGUCCUUUUGGGGCAUGUGUCAGUUGUCUGUGCUAGUCAAGAAGUGUUGAUUUCCAUUGUAAUUUUGCAGGAACCAGUAGGCCAUCUGAGCGACUUUCUUGGGUCGAAAACCCUGCCGUGCUUGUAAAACUAUUUAUCCUCCCUUG